AUGCCGCCCGUCACUGGUCGUGCCGCCCGUCACUGGUCGUACCGCCCGUCACUGGUCGUGCCGCCCGUCACUGGUCGUGCCGCCCGUCACUGGUCGUGCCGCCCGUCACUGGUCGUGCCGCCCGUCACUGGUCGUGCCGCCCGUCACUGGUCGUGCCGCCCGUCACUGUUCGUGCCGCCCGUCACUGCUCGUGCCGCCCGUCACUGCUCGUGCCGCCCGUCUCUGCUCGUGCCGCCCGUCUCUGCUCGUGCCGCCCGUCACUGCUCGUGCCGCCCGGUCACUGCUCCUGCCGCCCGGUCACUGCUCCUGCCGCCCGUCACUGCUCCUGCCGCCCCGUUACUGUUCAUGCCGCCCGAUUACCAUGCCAUGCCAUGUCCUCGUGCUCGCGAAGCCAGUGAGGCACGAGGUGAGACAACGGUCCCCACUCUCCUGGCCCCCUUCUCCUAUGCUCUCACUCUCCUGGCCCCCUUCUCCUAUGCUCUCACUCUCCUGGCCCCCUUCUCCUAUGCUCUCACUCUCCUGGCCCCCUUCUCCUAUGCUCUCACUCUCCUGGCCCCCUUCUCCUAUGCUCUCACUCUCCUGGCCCCCUUCUCCUAUGCUCUCACUCUCCUGGCCCCCUUCUCCUAUGCUCUCACUCUCCUGGCCCCUUUCUCCUAUGCUCUCACUCUCCUGGCCCCCUUCUCCUAUGCUCUUGCUCUGCACUCGUCGUUCCCUUGCUCUGCACUCGUCGUUCCCUUGCUCUGCACUCGUCGUUCCCUUGCUCUGCACUCGUUGUUCCCUUGCUCUGCACUCCUCCUCACCCCCCUGUUUUCCCAUCCCCCACUGUUCAUCCUAUUGCUUCCCCAUCCCGCACUGCUCACCCCACUGUUUCCCCAUCCCGCACUGUUCACCCCACUGGUUCCCAUCCUGCACUGUUCACUCUCCGCUCUGGUGGCCUUCUCUCGCUGCAGGGCGCCGUGA